AUGCCCAUUAUGGCAAGAACAGCUUGUAAGUUGUGGUUGCCCUCCAAUAAAUUAUCAGGUCAAUUGUAUUCCUCCAUGUCCACCAUUAAUGCCGACACCACCUCUUACACCACCGCUGCCGCCACCACCACCACCAAUUCCUCAUCCGCUGCCACCGCCUCCAGUAUUAUUUAUAAUUUUUAGCUUAACUUGUAAUUUUAUUUAGAUGCCUCCUCCGCCACCUCCGCCACUUCCUCCAC